AUGCUGUUUUCUUCGCAGUCGUGGUCUGCAGCUUCAUUGCUGAUGGGCAGUCUGCACGCCCUGACCGCACAAGCUGUGCCGACCAUCUCCGCCGUUGGCUCAAAAUUCUUCUACGAGGAUGGAAAGCAAUAUUUUCUCAAGGGAAUCGCCUAUCAACUCGUCCCUGAGGACCCUCUGAUCGACACCGCUCAAUGCAAACGUGAUAUUGUUCGCAUGUCGGAAUUGGGCGCCAAUGCCAUUCGUGUUUACCAUGUCGACCCCAGCGCCGACCAUAAAGGCUGCAUGAAGGCUUUUGCGGAUGCAGGCAUCUAUCUGUUUGUCGAUCUCGACACCUUCAAUACUCAGAUUGAACAGACCGAACCUCACUGGAACCAAACACAGUUCGAUCACUUCAAGGCCGUCUUGGACGAAUUCCAACAGUUUGACAAUACCGCCGGUGUGUUUGUCGGCAACGAAGUUCUCACCACCAAGGAUGGCUCGGCUGCGGCUCCCUACGUCCUUGCUGCGGCUCGUGACAUAAAGGCGUAUCGGGAUGAAAAGAACUACCGUAAGAUUCCCGUGGGAUACUCCGCGGCUGAUAUUGCCGAAUUGCGUCCCAUGCUUCAAAAUUAUAUGGCCUGUCUCAAAGACCCCGCCGAUCGAUUGGACUUUUUCGCUCUCAACGCCUACGAGUGGUGCGGUCAUUCCUCAUACCAGGUCUCUGGAUACAACAUCCUCCAGAAGAACGCGACAGACUACCCCAUCCCUAUCUUUUUCUCCGAAACUGGCUGCAAUACUGUCCCUCCUCGCACUUUCGACGACCAGGCCGCCAUCUUUGGCGAUGAGAUGUCUGGCACUUGGUCUGGCUCCAUGAUCUACGAAUGGAUCGAGGAAACCAAUGACUACGGUUUGAUCAGUUACGGCUCGAAAGUCAAGGAUGCCCCUGCGACCAACACGCUCAUUCAGGACGGUUACACACGCCAAGGAGUUCCUACCCCUGUCAACCCAGACUUUAACAACCUCAAAUCCCAAUGGUCUAAGCUGUCGCCGACCGGCGUGGCAUUGUCUGAUUACUCCAAGUCGACAUCCACCAUCACGCCCCCAGAGUGCCCUGCAUCCACCUCUGGAGGCUGGGCCGUUGAUCCCAAGUCUCCUCUCCCCACUCUCGGCCAAAGUUACAAAGUGACUGGCCCCAGCUCUUCUGCCACGAGCACAGCUAGCUCCAAGCAAUCUAAAACCUCGACCGGGGCGACUUCCACCUCCGCUACUAGCUCUGGCAACUCAAACACCGCUACGGUCGCUGGAAUGAAUGGUUCCGAUCGCCUGGCGAAGGUGUCUGCUCUGCUGUGCACCCUGGUUGGUGCCAUGGCCGUGUGGCUCUAA